AUGUCGGACCCAAAACCGCAUUCAAAGACAAACACCCCGGACCCAGAGUCCGCUAACAAACUGAACCGAGUGCUCGGUAUCACCUAUCUUAUAGCGACACUGGACAUCACAUGGCUCUUCGUCCAGUUUUCUAUAACUCCCUACUUAGCAAAAAGGCUGGGAUUUGACACCUUGUGGUUUGGAUACUUACAAACCAUGGUAGGAGUAAUUCAGCUUUUGGGAGGCCCUAUAUUUGGCAGGUUUGCUGACCUGUUUGGGGCACGGACAGCCCUGGCUCUCUCCUCUUUAGCGUCUGUGGUGUAUUUCAUCCUGCUGGCAGUCGCUAACAGCGUCCCCAUGCUCUUCCUCCAUAAGCUGCCAGCCAUCUUCAUGCACGCCUUGCCAGGAACUCAGAUGGUCGUGGCAGACCUAACAGAGCCAGAGAAGCGGGCAGCAGCCCUGGCCAAACUGGGCCUUUGUUUUGGAUUUGGGAUGAUCACAGGCUCCUCUCUGGGGGGCACUCUCAGCACACGCUAUGGGGAGACCUUCGCAGCUUGUGUGGCAGCUGCUGGAAGUCUUUUCAGCUUCGUCCUAGUUUUGAAGUUCAUCCCGAAACAUACCAAAAAGCAGACUAUUGAAAAUGAUGAUUCUUCAGAAAGGGGAGUAGCUGGUUCGGUGUUCAACCUCGCAAAGAUCGCUAGGCUAGUGAAUUUCCCUGGUGUGACGAAGAUCUUCACUGUAAAGAUCAUUUCGGGUCUGCCUGGCGGUGUGUUCCAGGUCAUGUUCUCUAUAAUCGCCAUGGACUUCUUUCAGCUUGAGGCUGAGCAGACUGGGUACCUCAUGGCCUACAUUGGAAUCAUACAAAUGGUGAUACAGGGCGGUGUGAUUGGAAGGCUGACAUCCAAGUUCUCUGAAAACUUGUUGCUUCUGUUCUCCGUUGGUCUGACUAGCCUAGUGGGCUUAAUGCAGAUGCUGAUGACCAGUGUGGUGCAGUUCUGCUUCAUAGUCAUUCCCAUGAUGCUCUCCCUCAGUGUGUUUAAUGUCAUCACGGAUAGUAUUCUGACCAAAAGUGUGCCUUCCUCAGACACAGGAACAAUGCUGGGUAUGUGUGCCUCUGUGCAGUCUUUGCUCCGCACCAUGGGACCAACCAUUGGAGGAUUUCUAUACCAGACCUAUGGAGUGGCUUCUUUUGGUUGCAUCCAGUUUUGUAUCAACUUUUUAGUGUUCAGCUACCUCUUAAAAAGUAGCAGAAUAAAAAAUAAAUAAUAAACUAGGAAAGCACUUGAUCUUUAAAGAUGCCUAACAAUUACAAUGAUGUUUUGUCAUUUUUCAAUCACUUUAUCAUAUAUGCCUAUUUAGUUAAUUGGCUGUUUUUGUAGUUUGCAUUACUUCUUAUCCAGUACUGGAUCACAGGCCUGGAGCCUAUCCCAGCUAGCAAUGGGCACGAAGCAGGGAACAUCCCUAGAUAGGGGGCCAGCCCAUCGCAAGGCACACUUACACACCAUUCACACCUACGGGCAAUUUAGCAACUCCAAUUAGCCCCAGCAUGUUUUUGGACUGUGGGGGGAAACCGGAGUACCUGGAGGAAAGCCCACGACGACAGAGGGAGAGCAUGCAAACUCCACACACAUGUAACCCAGGCGGAGACUCGAACCCAGGUCCCAGAGCUGUGAGGCAACAGUGCUAACCACUGCACCAUCAUGCCACCCCAACUGAAAUAAUUAUAAUCAUAAUUUUAAAUAACCAUGAUUUGUUCUUAAUGGAUCAAUUCAUUGAAGAAUAUGAUUUACUUGUCCAUGAAUGUUGUGUUUAAUAUUCCCAAAUAAAAUGAAAAAUCUUAUAUAAAAUGAGCACAUUUUGAAAGAAAUAAAAAAUGGCAGUUGUUACCGUGUUGCUACUCGCUAAAGAAGAAAGAAAAACUCGGUAAGGCUCAGUAUAAGCCACCAUAUUACCGUGGCUUUGCUCUAUAAAUUGCAUGCAAAGGCGAAUGUGAUUUCUUAGAUUUUCCUUCGUGUUCAAUGAGAUGUUUGCGCUGCGUCGUAUUAGAAAAACUAAUUUGCCCGUCCCUGUUUCGGUAAUUAUUACUUUCAUGCCGUGAUUGUACCAUGUGCUUAUAAAUUAUGUAUGUGAAUGCAAAUUGUCGUUGGGGAGAAGUGUCCACUAAAUGAAAAAAUAUUAAGCAAUAAAAAUGGUAAAUUGACCCAUACAA